AUGGGCCUGACAGCGGUGGUCUCCUCGAAGAUGCCAUAUGUGACGGAAGAGAAUUUGCCGCAACGUUCGGACUCGUUCAAACGAAAAGCUCGCGGCUCGCGGCGUGCCAAAAGGCUGUCUCUUCGCGAACGAGGAGCUCCCAGCAGCAUUCCUCAGUCUGAAAAGCAGGCGAAAUAUUAUCCGCCUGUACCACCCGAAACAGUACCACUGGGGAAAGACGAAGAAACUGUUGAAAUAUAUGAAGCGGCCGUUAACGAAUAUGCCGCGACUGGCAACACCAAAAAUACGCCUCAUACUCUCAAGCAAAUGAAGGAGAAGGUCGAGCCAUACAGUAUGCAAGGUGAUGCCUCGUCGGGCGAUUCCAGUGAUGAAAGUCGCACCUCGCGUAGAUCAUCCCCCCAGCGUGUGCGUGUUCUCGGCGAGGUACAGCCGCUUCCAAACAGGUGUCAAUCUUAUGUCUCUUCCCGAUGA